GUUAUAACCUUGGAAGGCUGGGUGGACAUCAUGUAUUUUGUCAUGGAUGCACAUUCAUUCUACAAUUUCAUCUAUUUCAUUCUAUUAAUUAUUGUGGGUUCCUUCUUCAUGAUUAACUUGUGUUUAGUUGUCAUAGCAACACAGUUCUCUGAGACCAAACAGCGUGAGAGCCAACUCAUGAAAGAGCAACGGAUACGUUUUUUGUCCAAUGCCAGCACGCUGGCCAGUUUCUCUGAACCUGGUAGCUGCUAUGAUGAGUUGUUGAAAUACCUGGUCCAUGUAGCUCGACGGGCCACAAGGCAGCUGACACAAGUCUAUGAUGCAGUGGCCACCAAAGUUGGGUUAACACCAGGAACUUUAUCAAAUAAUAGGACUGAAAGGCCACCACAGAGGCAUCUGCGAAGGAAACGUGCAUCGGUGCACCACUUGAUCCACCACCAUCAUCAUCAUCACCAUCAUUAUCACCUUGGUAAUGGAAGCCUAAGGGCUCCUCGUGCCAGCCCUGAAAUCAGCGAUGUAGAAACUACUUCUUUGCAUAAUGGUACCAAUAAACUUAUGCUGCCUUCCCCUAUGCCAAACAUUCAUGCUCCCCCUGCAAGUACUUCUAGUAAUGCAGAGUCUGUACAUAGUAUUUACCAUGCUGACUGCCAUGUUGAGCCUGUACAACGUAAGUCCUCCCUCCCUCCACAGAAUGCUGGACAUCGCAGUUUAGAAGGUCUUCAGAAGAAUAUUGCUGGAAGCAAAAACUAUCCCACUGUCCAUCCUAGCAUACCCCAUGAGAUGAUAAAAGGAAAGACUUUAGGAGAUUUAGCUGGUCACACAGGAGGAAGUACACUGACGAAUCUCAACAUUCCAGUCGGAGCUUACAGCACUAUGCACAAAGUGUUGGAAAACCAAAGCACUGGCCCAUGCAAAGGUUCCUGCAAACUCUCCAGUCAGUGUGAAAAAUAUGACCCAGACAGCUGCCCAUACUGUGCAAAAUCAUUGCGGAAUGAGCCUGAGGCAACAGACAAUGAAACGCUGGAUUCAGACAGUGAGGGUGUUUAUGAGUUCACUCAAGAUGCCCAUUACAGUGACCAAAGAGACCCAGAGCGCUCAAAUCAGAAAGCAAACCAGAUCUUUUUAUUAUGGAAGAUGGUCUGUGAAACUUUUAGCAAAAUUGUGGACAGCAAGUACUUUGGUCGUGGAAUUAUGAUAGCUAUCCUAAUCAACACACUAAGCAUGGGGAUUGAGUACCAUGAACAGCCUGAUGAGUUGACCAAUGCCCUGGAAAUCAGCAACAUCGUCUUCACCAGUCUCUUUGCACUGGAGAUGCUUUUGAAGCUGCUUGUACAUGGACCAUUUGGCUACAUCAAGAAUCCCUACAAUAUCUUUGAUGGAAUCAUUGUUGUCAUCAGUGUUUGGGAGAUUGUGGGCCAGCAAGGAGGUGGGCUUUCAGUGCUUCGAACUUUCCGUCUGAUGCGGGUCCUUAAACUGGUAAGGUUCAUGCCUGCACUACAGCAUCAGCUGGUGGUCCUGAUGAAGACGAUGGACAAUGUGGCUACAUUCUGCAUGCUUCUUAUGCUCUUCAUCUUUAUCUUCAGUAUAUUAGGGAUGCACCUGUUUGGCUGCAAGUUUGGCAUGGAGAAAGACGGUGAUACAGCACCAGACAGAAAAAACUUUGAUUCUCUCCUUUGGGCCAUUGUCACAGUUUUUCAGAUCCUCACUCAGGAGGACUGGAACAAGGUGCUUUAUAAUGGAAUGGCAUCGACAUCCUCCUGGGCUGCCCUUUACUUCAUUGCUCUCAUGACCUUUGGCAAUUAUGUGCUGUUCAACCUGCUUGUGGCUAUCUUAGUAGAGGGCUUCCAGACUGAGGAAGUUUCAAAGCGAGAAGAUGUGAGUGGGCAGUUAAGCUGUAUUCAGCUGCCUGUCGACUCGUCUGUGGGAGAUGCUUCCAAAUCAGAGUCCGAAGCUGACUUUUAUUCCCAGAGUCUAAAGGAUGAUAGCGGAAGUAAGAAGGACCUCACGAGCUCGGCAUUGAUGCCUUUUAGUGGGCCUGGAGAGCUCAAAUGCAGUCUGACUCCACCUCUCAUCACUCACACAGCAGCAACACCCAUGCCUGUGCCAAAAAGUGUCCUUUAUGGAGAGGCUGCACAGGGAGACCAAUCAAGAAGGGGGAGCAGUGUCUCAGUUGAACCAAAUGCCUAUGACCUAAAGUCACCGUCAAGUGCUCGCAGUUCCCCCUAUGCUCCCUGGAGUACAGCCAGUAGCUGGAACAGUCGACGCUCAAGUUGGAAUAGUACUGGUAGGGCACCAAGCCUAAAACGCAAGAACCAGACAGGAGAGCGACGAUCCCUGCUAUCAGACGGAAAGGAAAGCUCUGAUGAGGGUGAAGCAUCAGAUGAUGAGAGGCCUAGUAGGGCUGGCAGCAACAAUGGCUCCCUUCAUCGGCGAAUGGAGUCACUGGAAGCAAAGGGCUCGAUUGACUUGCCAGAUACCCUACAGGUGCCCUACCUUUUCCGUUCUUCUAGCAUGCUUAGUGGCCGAAGUUGUCCAUCAGACCGUCAGGAGUGCAAUGGCACCACCUCACCUGUUGCAAUGUUGCACAAUUUGCACCUGGAUGAUCAGCGGCAUGAUGAAUAUGAGAAUGAUGAUGAUGAAGCUAACAUGAGUAAAAUGGCACGUAUUCAAGCAUGGCUUCGAGCGCAUCUGCCACAGUGGUGCAAGGACAGGGAUUCUUGGUCACUCUACAUCUUCCCACCAGAUUCCAAGUUUCGUGUGAAAUGCUGCAAAAUCAUCGGCCACAAAAUGUUUGACCAUAUUGUUCUGGUGAUUAUCUUCCUGAGUUGCAUAACCAUCGCAAUGGAACGACCCAAGAUUGACCCCCAAAGUGCAGAGCGGAUUUUCCUGACUGUUUCCAAUUACAUAUUCACAUUCAUUUUUGUCGUUGAGAUGACAAUCAAAGUUGUGGCUUUAGGUUGGUGCCUAGGUGAGCGUGCUUACCUGAAAAGCAGCUGGAAUGUUCUGGAUGGAAUGUUGGUUAUCAUCUCAGUCAUCGAUAUCCUGGUAUCCUUGGUAUCUAACAGUGGCACCAAGAUUUUAGCCAUGCUACGUGUUUUGAGGUUACUGCGGACCCUCCGACCACUCAGGGUAAUCAGUCGAGCGCCAGGACUAAAGCUGGUAGUUGAAACAUUGAUGUCAUCUCUGAAACCCAUCGGUAACAUAGUAGUGAUCUGCUGUGCAUUUUUCAUUAUUUUUGGUAUUCUGGGAGUCCAGCUUUUCAAGGGGAAAUUUUUUGUCUGCCAAGGUGAAGACAUCCGAAAUGUCACCAACAAGACUGAAUGUCUUCAAACCAACAACCGAUGGGUCCGCCACAAGUAUAACUUUGAUAACCUGCUGCAGGCACUGAUGUCACUCUUUGUUCUUGCUUCCAAAGAUGGAUGGGUGGACAUUAUGUAUGAUGGCUUAGAUGCUGUGGGUGUGGACAAGCAGCCCGUCAUGAAUUACAACCCCUGGAUGCUCCUGUAUUUCAUUUCCUUCCUGCUCAUAGUGGCUUUUUUUGUGCUCAACAUGUUUGUUGGGGUUGUGGUUGAGAACUUUCACAAGUGUCGGCAGCAUCAAGAAGCAGAGGAAGCAAAGCGACGGGAGGAGAAGCGCCUGAAACGUAUGGAGAAAAAAAGAAGGAAUGACAUGCAGCUCGAUGCAGCAUCGGACAGCUCUGCCAGUGCAGUGCAAGAAGCACAGUGUAAACCAUAUUACUCAGACUAUUCACCUGCUCGUCUUGUCAUCCAUAAGAUCUGCACCAGCCAUUAUCUGGAUUUGUUCAUCACUGUUGUCAUUGGCCUCAAUGUUAUCACCAUGGCGAUGGAGCAUUAUCAACAAUCAAAGAUUCUCGAUGAGGCACUGAAGAUCUGCAAUUACAUAUUUACUAUCAUCUUCAUCUUGGAAUCCAUUUUUAAAUUGACUGCUUUUGGCUUUCGACGAUUCUUUAAGGACAGAUGGAAUCAAUUAGAUCUGGCAAUAGUUCUACUUUCCAUUAUGGGAAUCACUCUGGAAGAGAUUGAAGUCAACCAGUCAUUACCCAUCAACCCCACUAUCAUACGAAUCAUGAGAGUCCUGCGAAUUGCUCGAGUUCUGAAGCUGCUGAAGAUGGCUGUAGGGAUGAGGGCCCUGCUGAAUACUGUAAUCCAGGCACUACCUCAGGUUGGGAACCUAGGCCUUCUCUUCAUGCUGCUCUUUUUCAUCUUCGCUGCUCUUGGAGUAGAGUUAUUUGGUGACUUAGAAUGCAAUGAAGAUCACCCUUGUGAAGGUCUUGGCCGUCAUGCAACAUUUAAAAACUUUGGGAUGGCAUUUCUAACACUGUUCCGAGUGUCAACAGGAGAUAACUGGAAUGGAAUAAUGAAGGACACAUUGCGGGACUGUGGUCAGGACACAGGAACGUGUUACAAUACAGUGAUCUCCCCCCUCUAUUUUGUCUCCUUUGUGCUGACUGCACAGUUUGUCUUGGUGAAUGUUGUCAUUGCAGUACUAAUGAAGCACCUUGAAGAGAGUAAUAAGGAGGCUAAGGAAGAGGCAGAGCUGGAGGCGGAGUUAGAGGCAGAGCUAAAGAUCAUGAACAGCCCACCCUUGAGUCCUGAUCCUGUUGUUUGGGCAGGAAGUGAAGGAGACAGGUCUGACAGCCCUGGUGGACCAAUUGACCCCAUGCACAUAAAAAUGGAUUCUCCUCUCUUUUUAGAAAGUUCAGUGGAAAGAUACUUGUUUGACACAGUCUCACUGCUGAUCCAGGGUUCACUGGAAGGAGAACUGAAGCUUAUGGACAACCUGUCUGGCUCGGUCUGUCACUACUAUGCUCUGCAGCCCCCUGAAAAGCAUUUCUCCGACAAGCAGGGUGAGCAGGAUUGGAAAGAAGAAGUGAAGAACACUGUGUCAGAGAAGAAUCUGCUGUCUGUGAAAAAGCCGUGUGUGGGGCGGACUCACUCUUUGCCGAAUGAUAGUUACAUGUAUCAGCAAUCAGAAGCAGUACCAUGUCCUAGGCAGUCAUCAGAUCCUACGCCACCUCACCAGAAAUCACAAACAGGCUCUACAGCAUCAGUCCAGUCCCAACCCGCUGACACAGGGAAACAUUUCCAAAUCCCAGCAGACCUUUUCUGCCCCAUAGAACCUCAUUGCAAAUCUGACCAGGAUAGCAUUCCCAAAAUUCCGCCACCCAGGCGGUCUAUUAGUUCACAGAGGAUGCUGCGAAGACAGGUGGCAAUAAGGAACGACUCCUUGGAUACCCUUUGUACUGAAAGCAGAGAGAGUAUUCAGCUGCACGCUGCAGAUGGCUCUUUCACAAACCUGCCAGAAGAAUCACAACCAUCUGUCAAUUUACUGCCAUCAACACCGAAUGAGUCUCCUAAAUGCAGUCGAUCAAGUGUUUACACUCAAAAACAUUCCCAUAACCAGUACAAUGUUAAAAAUUAUCCUCCUGCUGGAACCAGAAAUCAUUUCCAAGAUUUAUCUACAGAUCCAGCAGAUCAGGAAGUUUCACGGAUCAACAGUUUCAAGGAGACAUUCAGCUCUGGAGCAUCUUCAGACUAUAGUGGUUAUUCAUCUUUCCAUUCCUCUACCCUUAGAAGACAUCCAAGCAAUGUGAGUCCCUUUGCCUUAAAGGACCUCAAAAAAUUUUACAGUGUUGACACCCAAGGCCUUUUGGCUAAACCAUCUUCAUGGCUGGAUGAUCCUAGGAGACAUUCAAUAGAAAUUUGUUCUUCUGUAGAUAAUAGCCCACAGCACCAUUCAACCUCAAGUUCUUCAGGCUUCAUUAGCCAAGUACUGAGUGAAAUGGAAACUUUGCAGGCAUCUCGACAAAAGAAGAAGAUGAGCCCCCCAUGUAUAUCCAUUGACCCACCAGAUGGGCAGGACUUACUGCCUAUAGGACCACAUGGACGUUCUUCUCCUAGUGUGGACACUUGCUUAAGGCGGCGGGCUGCAUCUUGUGACUCCAAGGAUUCUGCAGACCUUGGAGAUACAUUAGUUCCAGACACUUCUGCUUCUACAGCUCCAAAGAGGGACCUACUAACUCUUCCUAGUUUUUCCUAUGAAGAGGCAGAGACGGACCAGUAAGUUAAUAUAAUUUGGUUAGCAGAGCUGCUUCUUUCUGUAUUUGUUCUUCAGAAAACAGAUGGCACUGGAGACAAGUUCCAAAGAAAGACUAUGAUUAGACUGCUGAAACUUUUGAAAGGCGUAUAACCUCACGUCUACUUACCGGAGCAUCUACUGUGCUUCAGUAAGAGCAAUACUUUGUUCAGAAACUACAUGUAUAUUAUAUUUUAUGAAAAUAAUCAGCUAUAAUUUCACAAGAUGUAGUAAAUUUUGUGAAUAAAGACUUGAUGAAUUCUCUUAGUACUUCAAUCCAGUCAUAUGAUCUCAGAAUGUUUCUGAGGUCAGUAUGUUCCUUUGCUAGUCUCAACACCUGUAUUCAUUCAAACCCAUUGUUUGUAAAGCACAACAUGUUGCCAAUAGUGCAUUAUAUAGUAAAAUGCAAGAUAGGCUACCAGAUUUAACAACGAGGAAGACUGAGUGACUGUGUAACUAUUUUCUUUAUGUUGAAAUAACUCUUUACUUUUCUGUUGAAAAAAAAUGGAUUUCAAUGUUUGACAACUGGCAUUCAUUUUAUACUUUUGUUAAAAUAUUUCUAAGGGUAAAGCAACUUUUUUAUUAUUUAGUGCACGUGUGUUGUUGCUGGGAGGAGUUUAUUUAUCCGUUAUUUGGGAAGGAGGUAAAGGCUACUAUCAGACUUUUUGUUUGUUUUUGUUUUUAACUUUAAUCUGAAUCUACAACAAGUUAAAAUAUGUUCUUAUUUUCAAGUUUGUUCUUCCCACCAGUAAUUUUGUCUCUAUUAGCAUUUUGGAAUAUGCUGUUAAUUAUAGUUGCACCAUUAAGUUACAAACCAGUCUGAAACAUUGUGGUUAAUGAGAGGACUCUGUGUGAAAUAUGACAACCAGCAAAAUACUGCAGAAUUGUGAAAGGUUCUAGUAAGCCAUCCAAAUGUCUGAUGCCUAUUAGUCUAAUACUUUCGUCAGUGUUUUGAAGUGCAACAAAAAUGUAAUAACAGUCAAAUCUGUUAUCAAAACCAUUAUCCCUUUUAAUUCUAAUGUGUACACAUCAUCCAUUUACUUCCUUUAUACAGUGCAAUAUAUUGCCAGGUAAACUCAAAUAACUCCAUAAUGGCUUUGAGUUGUAGAGUUAGAUCUCAUUAGUAUUAUGACUGGUUAACUCCCUUUGUGUGUUAUAACUCCGAGUAAGAGUGCUGUACAGAACUGGUACCUGGCUCACCAUAUCCUUAUUUUCAUUUCUAGAACUUUCUAUUUUCAUCACCAGCAGCAAACAGUGUUUCCUAGAUAAAGAUAUGCCUGGAGCAUAUUGCAUUUCAGAGAUAAAAUGUUUUAAACAAGGUCUGGGUUUAGCAAACUUAUUUUACAGAAAUCUACACAGCUUUCUAGGGGACUGUAAAUUAAUAUGAACCAGUUUCAGUUUCAGCUAUACUAGAAAUUAUUACACUGGUCUGUUCAUAAUGGAUCUGUUGAAUUAGCACAGAUUGCUGAAGAAGUAUGCAAGGAUGCACCAAUGCAACAUUAUUUUCCAAUGUUUGCUUUUAGGCUAUGUUUGACCCUCAUGUUCCAAGCCAGUGUGCUGAUGGGUGUCAGUUGCUUAGUAUUAUUAGAAGGCAGAGGCAAAACUAUGGUUGUGUGAACCCAGUGCAAAGUGUUCAAAUGCCAGUACUGUAUUUUAUGUUUGAACUGAAAUGCUACAGCACUCUGUGUGUGCUGUGAACUGCAGGAAUUGCUUGCUUCAUUUUAAAUGAGUUUUUUUUCUCCACAUCUUAAAGUUAAAGGCUAGAGGGCAGAAGGGCACCAGCUCAGGUGGCAGCACUGGGUGCCAGAGCUAGCUACACCUCUGGCAAGAGGUAGAAGCUGCCCAUACACCAGUAGAUAUUAAACACAUCAAUACCAGUGGGAUGCUGGUAUGCUUAGUAACUGGAAAGCCUCAAUAUUAGACUAACCUGUGUGGUUUUGGUUCAUAAAGAUGGCUUAAGGAGGAGUGAAUAAAAGUAACAGAAUUCUAAAGGAAUAAGGGGGGUGGUGGUGUUCUAUACUGAGAUGACCUUUCUAGAAAGUAUUAUAUAACAGUCUUUUGACUGAAGUCUGCAUUUUUAGUUAUUUAUUGUCUUUCAUUUAGGUAAAUACUUUCAAUGGCUGACAAUGUUUACUAUCUACUAUCUAGGACAUCUUAUGAAAUCCUUGAUUUGAGAAGUCACUGAACUUCCAAUGUACAAAAAACACCUUCACUCAUCUACUUAAGUCUAUGUUGGUGUUGUAUGCAAUUUAAUAUAGCAAAAGAAGUUUGAAACCUUACCUGUCAGUAAAGAGGAAUUUCCAGUUAUUAUAACUCAGUGAUCAACACUGUGGCAAAUAUUUAAGUUCCCAGUACCCACGAACCUACUUUGCAAAAGAAGGGAAACAACACACGUAGGGUAGGCCUAGGAAUCUACUUUAUUAUUGUCUGCAUUCACAUGUUGUUUAUAAUAGCCAUUAAGAAAUAUUUUAAUAUAUUUGGAACAAACUGUUCUCCCAUUUUCUGCUUAUUUUAAACAUAUCUGAUUAUCAUUGGCUCAGCAUUAUCUCAGGAUUGUAAGACAUAACAGUAAGUUACCAUUGAAGCAGUUUUCACACAUACACACACACACACACACACACACACACACACAC